AUGGAACUGUAUUUGGUGAAUCCAAAUUUUAUGCAUCGUGCUAUGUACGAUACUAUGCGAGAUGUUGAUCGAACGGAAAAGGCCAUUUUCCCGUACUGGCGAAAUGCUGAUCAUUCGGUACUUCAUGUGGCGAACGAUACUGUAAAGGCCGUUGACGACGACAAGAAGUUCGCCGUCACGCUGGAUGUGUCUCAGUUCCGCCCAGAAGAACUAAAUGUACACCUGGAUGGACGAGUACUAACCAUCGAGGGCAAGCAGGAGCAUAAAACCAAGAGCAGCUCAUUGCAUAGGUAA